GUGUCUCUUUCUCCACUCCUUGCGGUGACGCAAGAGGUAAUUUAAACUUAAUGGAAGUCAACAACGGUAGAAGAAAUGUAGAGAUGAAAUCAGAACACAUCCCUGACUGGACUAAGCUGAAUUUGGAUUGUCUCUUCGAUAUUUUCUCAAGGCUGAGCAUACAACAAAGAUGUGUGGCACCAAUGUUGGUUUGCAAGACGUGGAUGAACGUGUGCAAAGACCCGUUUCUCAACUCGGUCUUCGAUCUUGAAGGUUGGUUUCUUUCUUCCACCGAAACGAGCAAUCGGUGGACUUCCAAAUUUUCUGAAAAGGUCGACUCAAUCCUCAUGUCUGUUGCUGAAUGGAGCGAGGGCGGUCUCAAAGUGAUCCGAGUGAGGCAUUGCACGGAUCAAUCUCUCUUGUACGUCGCUGAUAGAUGUCCUAAUCUUGAGGUACUUUGGGUUAAGCAUUGCCCAAAAGUUACAGAUGAAUCGAUGGGGAAGAUAGCCUUAAAGUGCCCUAAAAUCAUGGAACUUGAUAUAAGCAGCUCUUAUGCACUUACUCGUGAGUGUAUGGGAGUGUUUGGUAAGAACUGCAAGAAUCUUCAGAUUGUGAAAAAGAAUUAUGUGUAUCCAACCGAGGUCUCGAGGUUUGAGUCUCAUGAAAACUAUAUGGAGAAUCUAUCUAUCUUUACUUUGGGGAAUAUUGAUGCUUAUGUGAUUUCGAGAUACAUGCAACAUGUUAAGCACCUGGAACUUCGAUUCAGCACAAUGACUGAUAAAGGGUUUGCCUCUAUUUGUAAACAUUGUGUAAAUCUAGAGUAUCUAGACUUGUCCGGGUCUCCGAACUUGACGAUGGAUGGCGUUAUUAACGGUAUCUCGAUUUUGAAGAAUUUAAAGGAGAUCAAGAAGCCAAAUUCUACAGCUUUCUUUUUCAUUGACCUCUUAUAGUUUUGUGUUAAUACUAUUUUCUUGCCUUGGUUGAAUUUGAAAAUGUCAGUUAAAUUUUUCUUUUGGGGGUUCCUUUAUCUUUUCUUGUAAUUGGUUUCUAAUUUUACAGCAACACUAAACUAUUACAAAUUUAUCAAAUUUUGUAAGAAAAUGAUUGUGUUCUA